AACAACGUAAUCGCAAGUUGUUGUAAAAUAUAAAUUAAGAAGUAAUAGUAGUUUUAAUUAAAUGUACACGUUUGUAAUAACAAACAUAUUUCAAUUAUAUUUUCUACUGUGAGUUAAUUAUUCAAAAUGUUGGAUCUUUUUACAAUAUUCAGCAAAGGUGGCAUUGUUUUAUGGUGUUUCCAAAGUACCAGCCAAAUUAGUCAAUUAUUUGUACCUUCAGUAAAUUCUUUGAUAAAAACUAUAAUUCUUCAGGAAAGGACCGGCAGUAACAAUAAUUAUACACAAGAUUCUUUGUCCUUAAAAUAUCGUUUAGACAAUGAGUUUGACUUAGUAUUUGUGAUAGCGUUUCAAAAAAUUCUUCAGCUCUCUUAUGUUGAUAAGUUCUUAGAUGACAUACAAUUGGAGUUUAGAGAUAAGUACAAAAAUGACUUAAGUCGAAAAAAUUAUUUUAUGAACUUUGAAUUUACUCGAAAUUUUCAUGAAGUACUAAAGUCAGCUGAAGAAUGGGGCAAAAUACAGGCAAACAUUCCAAAACAAAUGAGGUCUUAUAAUGAAUCUAUCAAGUCAAAGAAAACUGUUGCGUCAAUGAUUGAAAAAAAAGGAGAAAAUGACAAAGAGAAUAAAAAAAAUGGAAAAGUUGAACUUCAGAAAAAUGGAAUUUCUGAUGUACAGCAGAAUAUUGUUACAUUUAACGAUGAAGAUAUUAUUGCCCAAAACCGAUUCAAAAUGGCUCAAAAAAUGGGUGCUAUGAACUCUUGUAAAUUAAAAAAAAAUAAAGAUAAAACUCUGAAGCCAUCUCCAAAAGCUGCUAAACAACCUCGUACUUGGCCUUUAGGAGGUAAUGUUAAAGAUGUCAGUUCAUUAGAUUAUACGAAAGAUAAAGCGAAUAAUAAUCCUGACAGUGAACAAAAUAUUGAAGCUAACAAUGAAAUUGUUGGACAAAUGGAAGGAAACAUUAAGGACAUAGAAAUUGAAAGUGAUAGUGAAAUUGAAGACAGUGGUGAAGAAGAAAAGUUUGAAACAGCUGCUGAUCGAAAAAAGAAAAAUGACGAAAAAAAAAGUGUAUUCUCCAUGUUCAAGGGUUUAGUUGGAAGAAAAAAUCUUACAGCAUCUGACAUGGAUCCUGUUUUAGAAAAAUUGAGAGAACAUUUAGCCUCCAAAAAUGUAGCCAUUGAAAUAGCUACAAAAUUGUGUGAUUCAGUUUCUUCAAAACUAGAUGGAAAAGUGCUUGGAUCAUUUGAAUCUGUUGCAUCAACUGUUAAAACCACUAUGAUUGAGUCUUUAGUUCAAAUACUUUCACCUAAAAGACGAGUUGAUAUUUUAAGAGAUGCUAUGACUGCAAAACAAAAUGACAAGCCUUAUGUUAUUACAUUCUGUGGAGUAAAUGGUGUUGGGAAAUCUACUAAUCUUGCCAAAAUAUGUUUUUGGUUGAUUGAAAAUAAUCUCAGAGUGUUAAUAGCUGCAUGUGAUACUUUUCGAGCUGGUGCAGUUGAACAACUAAGAACGCAUACAAAACACUUGAAUGCUUUGCAUCCUGCUAAAAGACAUAAUAAUCAACAAAUGGUACAGCUUUAUGAAAAAGGCUAUGGAAAAGAUGCUGCUGGUAUUGCUAAUGAAGCUAUUAAUUAUGCUAAAGAAGCAAAAUAUGAUGUUGUUUUAGUGGAUACUGCUGGACGAAUGCAAGACAAUGAACCUUUGAUGCGUGCCCUUACCAAAUUAAUUAAAGUGAAUGAACCUGAUAUGGUGUUAUUUGUUGGUGAAGCAUUGGUUGGUAAUGAAGCAGUUGACCAGCUUGUUAAAUUCAACCAAGCUUUGGCAGAUUAUUCUUCAUCAGAAAAUCCUCAUUUAAUUGAUGGAAUUGUUCUUACCAAAUUUGACACUAUUGAUGAUAAGGUUGGAGCUGCUAUAUCAAUGACUUAUAUCACAGGUCAACCUAUAGUAUUUGUAGGAACUGGACAAACAUAUACUGAUCUUAAAUCAUUGAAUGCUAAAGCUGUAGUUGCAGCUCUUAUGAAAUAAUUAUUUGUCUUACUUAUCAUAACAUAUUCAACUGGACUUUAUUGCAAUUUUCUUCUAACAGCAUUAUUGGUGAUACUUUAUUUGUUAAAUUUUUUACUGGUAUUAUGUUAAUUUAUGCUUCGUUUUAUUUUAUGUGCAUGUAUUUAUUUUACUUAUUAGUUUGUUAUGUAAUUUUUUCAAAAUGUAAAUUUUGUUAUUUUUUCAUUCCAUUGAAUAUAUUUGAUAAUAAAAAAAAAAAUUUUUUUA